AUGGAGAAUAAAGAUAAUCAUAUCAGUGGAUUUCCACAAGAAUUCUCUCCAUUUCUAGUCAAAUUAUUUGAGAUGUUAAAUGAUAAAGAAUCAAAAAAUAUAGUUGAAUAUAAUAAGGAGAAUCAUGGAUUCUGUUUGUAUAACAAACAAUUGUUUAUUGAUUAUAUUUUACCAAAACACUUUCCAAAUGUUAAACAAGAAAGUUUUAUUAGACAAUUAAAUGGAUACGACUUUCAUAAAAAAGUUAUUAAUGGACAAGAUUGUUUUGUUCAUGAAUCAUUUGACCCAACAGAUUUCUCUUGUAUUAAAACAAUCAAAAGAAAAAAAGUUAAACGACAAAGAAAAGGAAAUGAAUAUAAGCCAAUGAAAAAUAAUAGUGAAGUCUUUAAAAUAUCACCAAGUUCUCUUGAGCAAGCUGAAGGAUUACUCCCAUCUCUUUCUUCUUCAUUAACACGAGAUUCAAAAACAUUGUUUAUUGAGAGAAGAUAUUUGAAUAAUAGUAAAGGACGAGGUUCAGCAAUUGAUGCUCUAAAAAGAAAAAUCAUGAACAAAAACAAAGAAGAAGAGAAAGAAAAAGUACAACAAUUGAGUGAAAAUAAAGAAAUUGUAAUAAAAGAAAUUAACAACAAAAGCAGUACUUGUUCUAAUGAUGAUAAAACUAUUGAUAUGGAACAAAAAACAGAAAUAGAUGAUUGUGAUAAACUAUCAAAUUCAAGUGUUCAGAAACAAAUUCAAACAACAACACCUAUAAUAUUUGAUGAUUUAGUAUAUGAAUAUACUUCACAAGAAGUUGAGGUGAACAAAACAUUAAAGGCACUUCAAGAAUCAAUUAAUUCAUUAGAAAAAGCAUUUAUAACUUUACAACAGAAUCAAAAUACAAUUUAUGAAGAAGUUCAAAGUUUAUCAAGUGUAUUAACAACACUUCUUUCUAUUUUCAGUUUGUCUGACCAAUCAAUACCACAACUCCCAAAAACAGAUCAAAAAGAAUUAGAAAAAGAACUUGAAUCUGAGACUCAAUAA